CUGAGGCGGCGGCGGAGGAGAGGGGCGGCCGCGGGCAGCAGUGUUGGCUUGCCCGACUUCCCUCCGCCUCGCCUCAAGGGUUUUCGACGCGGCUUCGGGCCCAGUGGACAUAGCCCCUGGCCAUGGACUCCCAGAAAGAAGCUCUACAAAGGAUCAUUUCAACCCUGGCAAAUAAAAAUGAUGAAAUUCAGAACUUUAUUGAUACACUAAAUCAAACACUAAAAGGAGUUCAGGAAAAUUCUUCUAACAUACUUUCAGAGUUAGAUGAAGAAUUUGAUAGUUUAUAUUCUAUUUUGGAUGAGGUGAAAGAAAGUAUGAUUAACAGUAUCAAGCAGGAACAAGCUCGUAAAUCACAAGAGUUACAGAGUCAGCUCAGUCAAUGUAAUAAUGCCUUGGAGAACUCAGAAGAACUACUAGAAUUUGCAACACGGUCAUUAGAUCUAAAGGAACCUGAAGAAUUCUCAAAGGCUGCCAGACAGAUCAAGGAUAGAGUAACAAUGGCUGCAGCCUUUCGCCUUUCUUUGAAACCAAAGGUCAGUGACAACAUGACUCAUUUAAUGGUGGAUUUUUCUCAGGAAAGACAGAUGCUGCAAACUUUAAAGUUUUUGCCAGUUCCUAAAGCUCCAGAGAUAGAUCCUGUAGAGUGUUUGGUGGCUGACAAUUCUGUAACAGUGGCUUGGAGAAUGCCAGAAGAAGAUAAUAAAAUUGAUCAUUUUAUCCUGGAAUAUCGGAAAACUAAUUUUGACGGACUUCCACGUGUAAAGGAUGAGCGAUGCUGGGAGAUAAUUGAUAAUAUUAAGAGUACUGAAUAUACACUAUCAGGCUUAAAGUUUGAUUCAAAGUAUAUGAAUUUCAGAGUACGAGCUUGUAACAAAGCUGUAGCUGGAGAGUAUUCUGAUCCAGUGACUCUAGAGACCAAAGCACUAAACUUCAAUUUGGAUAACUCAUCAUCCCAUUUGAACCUGAGAGUUGAAGAUACCUGUGUAGAGUGGGAUCCUACAGGAGGAAAAGGCCAAGAAAGUAAAAUGAAAGGAAAAGAGAAUAAGGGCAGAAGCGGCACACCAUCCCCCAAACGGACAUCCAUAGGCUCCAGGCCACCAACAGUAAGAGGCAGCAGAGAUCGUUUCACUGGGGAGUCAUACACAGUGCUGGGAGACACUGCUAUUGAAAGUGGACAACAUUAUUGGGAGGUCAAGGCCCAGAAGGAUUGUAAAUCCUACAGUGUGGGAGUAGCGUAUAAGACUCUGGGGAAAUUUGACCAAUUAGGAAAGACCAACACUAGUUGGUGUAUCCAUGUCAACAACUGGCUGCAAAACACAUUUGCAGCAAAGCAUAAUAAUAAAGUCAAAGCCUUGGAUGUUACUGUUCCUGAGAGAAUAGGUGUAUUUUGUGAUUUUGAUGGGGGUCAACUUUCUUUCUAUGAUGCAAGCUCAAAACAGUUGUUGUAUACCUUUAAGACAAAAUUUACGCAGCCAGUACUACCUGGUUUCAUGGUUUGGUGUGGUGGACUUUCUUUGAAUACUGGGAUGCAGGUUCCAAGUGCUGUGAGAACACUUCAGAAAAGUGAAAAUGGAAUGACGGGUUCAGCUAGCAGCCUAAACAAUGUUACUCAGUAAUGCUCACUCAGAAUAUGUUUCACUCCUUUUGACUGGGUGGCCUUUUCUGUGCAGUUGCUAAUCACAGAAAUUUACAAGUGGUGGAAAUCAGGUUUGCUACCUUCUGCUUUAAGGCCUGAAAUGUGUUAGCAUUAAGCAUCUAGUACCAAGUACUCAAGGGAACCUACUGUGCAGUAACAUCAAGCAAGCAGAUAACUGAGCAAGAAACUGAUGUUUUGAAGAGCAAAUGGGAAAAAAGGCAGUGUUUAAAUAGUUACAUAGAAACUCAUUUUCUUGGAUUACUUUGGCUCUUCUAAUAUGUUUAGUUAGUAUGUAGCCCUAGGAUCUGAAAGAAAGCAUUUAAAUCUUGUCUUCUUUCCCUUAUACUUUAUCUCAUCACUACCUAUUAUUAGGUUCUUAUACUGAAGCUUUAAGAAUAUACAGUCUUCUAAAGUUUUCUAAAAACUGAAAUCAUUGAUUGGAGAUGCUAGAAAUUUUCCUUAAUUGUUCUUUUGUAAAGAAGUUGAGUUUUGCUAAAUUAUCCUCUUUUGCUUUAUUUACUAGGUGGUUUAUCAUUUUCUCUUUUCCAAAUGCUGUGAUAUUUC